AUGCCUGUGGUUUUAAUGGCAGUGCUGAUGUUUCCUAAGGACAUUCUGGGUCUGUAUAACUCUGUAGAUAGCUGGAUGAUCGUGCCCAAUAUCAAGCAGAAUCACUACACAGUCCACGGCCUGCAGAGCGGCACCCGUUACAUUUUCUUCGUCAAGGCUAUCAACCAGGCAGGCAGCAGAAACAGCGAACCUGCUCGCCUCAAAACCAACAGUCAGCCUUUCAAACUGGACCCCAAAACAGCCCACAAGAAGCUGCGCCUCUCCAAUGAUUGUCUGACCAUGGAGAAGGAUGAAAGUUCCCUGAAGAAGAGUCAUACUCCAGAACGAUUCAGCGGAACUGGAUCAUACGGUGCCGCUGGCAACGUCUUCAUUGACAGUGGCUGCCAUUAUUGGGAGGUUUUACUGGGAGCCUCCACAUGGUACGCUCUUGGUGUGGCUUACAAGUCAGCACCCAAAAACGAAUGGAGCGGUAAAAACUCAUCGUCUUGGGUUUUCACACGCUGCAACAACAACUUCCUGGUGCGGUACAACAACAAGGAGUCGAUCGUGGAGGCUUCGCUACAGCUGCGCAGGGUCGGGGUGCUGCUGGACUACGACAACAACGCCCUGUCCUUCUACGACGCCAUGAACUCGCAGCACAUUUACACUUUUGACGUUUCCUUCCUGCUUCCAGUGGCUCCCACCUUCAUGAUCUGGAACAAGUCAUUGAUGAUCAUGUCAGGGCUGCCCGUGCCUGACUUCGUGGACUGUAGCGAGCAGCAAGAAGGCAUCUGCCGCCAACAGGAUUCGCCCUAUGUGUCCGGAGUGAAAAGCUGCCACUGAGGCUUCAUAGGAGUUGUUCCCUUACCCUUCUUAUUUUCCUGGUUUUAUAACUGGGGUGAAGUUUAGCGAGUGGAUUAAGAGCUCUCAGAUUUAAACAGCUGAAAUGGGGGAAAUUGUAAAUUAUUUAUGACUAAAUAUUUGCUUUUUUGUCAGUUUUAAUGUAUCCCUAAAAGCACUUUUAGAGUUGAAUUUGUUGCCCCUGUGUGUAAAAAAAAAA